AUGGCUCCAAAGUCCCUCCUGUACACACUCUUUUCGUCCCUCACGGUGGCCCUCGCGGCCUCCGUCCCGGACACCGGCUACGACGUGAUCGUUGUGGGCGGCGGUCCGGCCGGUCUGAGUGCGCUCAGCGGACUGUCUCGCGUGCGGCGCACGGCGGUGAUGUUCGAUUCGGGCGAAUACCGCAACGCGCCGACCCGGAACAUGCACGACGUGAUCGGCAAUGAUGGCACGCCCCCGGCCGAAUUCCGCGGGCUCGCGCGCGAGCAGAUCUCGCGGUAUGACACGGCGAGCUUCGUAGACAAGAAGAUCGUGUCGAUCACGCCGCUUACCGACGACAACGCGACGGCGUACUUCGAAGCAACGGACACCGACGGCACGGUGUACAGCGCGCGCAAGGUGGUGCUGGCCACGGGGCUGCAGGACCUGCUGCCGGCGACGCCGGGGCUGGAGGAGAUCUGGGGCAAGGGGGCGUACUGGUGUCCGUGGUGCGACGGGUACGAGCACCGUGACCAGCCGAUCGGGAUCGUGGGCAGCCUGGUGGACGCGGUGGGCAGCAUGCUGGAGAUCCACACGCUGAACACGGACAUCGUGGCGCUGGCGAACGGCACGCAGACGCCUGAGGUCGAGGCGCAGCUGACGGCCGACAAGCCCGACUGGCAGGCGCAGCUGGCGGCGUGGAAUGUGCGCAUCGACAACCGCACCAUCGAGUCGUUCCGGCGGCUGCAGGACGGCGAGGAGCACCAGGAUGACCAGGGGAGGCAGUUUGAUAUCUUCGAGGUCCGGUUCACGGAUGGGUCGACCCUUGUGCGUAACGCGUUCAUUACGAAUUUCCCUACUGCGCAGCGGUCGACGCUGCCGGCUGAGCUGGGGCUGCAAAUGGUCGAUGGCAAGAUUGAUACCUCGAGCUUCUCGGGCAUGCGCACCAGUCUGCCCGGUGUGUUUGCUAUUGGCGAUGCCAACUCGGACGGGAGCACGAACGUGCCGCAUGCCAUGUUUAGCGGCAAGCGCGCGGCGGUCUACAUGCAUGUGGAAAUGGCGCGCGAGGAGUCUGCGGCAGCCAUCUCCAAGCGCAACCUGCCGUCGCGUCGGGCGAUGGAGAAGGAGGCAGAGAGACUCAUCGGCCGCGAUCUGGAGGCCCUCUGGGAGCAGGUUCAGGGUCAGUGA